GGGCGGGCUCAUUGCUUCAGCAAGAAGAUAGUGGUGCAGAGCCUCCCAUGCUAGAUUGCUUGGAAACGGAGAAAAACCGUUUGUUCAUAACAUGAAUGCCCAGCGUGUACAGAAGCCAGAAGAGGGCAAUGGACCCCCUGGAACUGGAGGUGUGCAAUGUUGUAAAAUUCUCCAAGGAAAAGGUCUCAUAAGUAUCUCCCGUGAGUCUCGUGCUAAGCUUUAUGCCUGCUAUGGAGUGAUCAUUGUCCUCAGUGUAGCUAUAGUUGCUCUUUCUGUUGCUUUGUCAGCAAGAAAGACAGAACAGAUCACAAUCAAAAAUACCUAUGCUGCUUGCCCAAGACACUGGAUUGGAAUUGGAAAUAAAUGUUUUUAUUUUUCUGAAUACACAAGUAACUGGACAUCCGCCCAGGCCUUCUGCAUGGCACAAGAUGCUCAACUAGCUCAGUUUGACAACCAGGAUGAGCUGAAUUUCCUAAUGAGAUACACGGGGAAUUUUGAUUGCUGGAUUGGCCUGCACAGAGAGUCAUCAGAGCAUGCUUGGAAGUGGACAGACAACACUGAGUAUAACAACAUGACUCUCAUCCAAGGAGAGGAAAGAUAUGCCUACCUGAACAACAACGGGAUCAGCAGUUCCAGGAUUUAUUUACCUCGGAUGUCGAUUUGUAGCAAGCUCAACAACUACAGCCUCCACAGCCAAACUCCUUCUCCUGUCUAGCAUUUACCAAGAGACUCUUCUUAGCCUGUUAUCUAUGGGUGCUACUUUUCCCCCUAUGGUCCCACACUGCUAUCAACCGGGAUUGAGAAUAUUUUAUAACAUCACAAAUGAAAACCAUGGAGUCUGGAGAGAUUGCUCAGUAGUUAAGAGCACUGACUGCUCUUUCGCAGGUCCCCAGUUCACAUCUGAACAACCACAUGGUAUCUUACAAACAUCUGUAAUGACAUCUCAUGUCCUCUUCUGGGGUGUGUGGAAACAGCUACACUAUACUUACAUAUAAUAAAUAAGUAAAUCUUAAA